CACUAAACCCAAAAACUAGCCAUCCCUCUGGUCUCGUCACACCCCACCCCACCAAACAAUGGCGGCGGCGGCGGCGGCAGCGGCGACCUCCUCCUUCCCCUCCGCCCGCAGGGAAAGGACCAGGACCAGGUCCUGGGCCUGGUCCGCCCGCCCUUCCCUUGUCUCCCUCCGCUCCGGAGCCCUGCUCAGGGUCCGCGCCGCCGCCGAACCCGCCCCGGCCUUCCACUCCGUGACGGCCUUCGCGCCCGCUACCGUGGCCAACCUCGGCCCGGGCUUCGACUUCCUCGGAUGCGCCGUCGCCGACGCCUCCCUCUCCCUCGGCGACACGGUGACGGCCACCCUGGACCCCACCCUGCCCCCCGGCACCGUCUCCAUCGCCUCCGUCACCUCCCCGUCCCGCCCCCACCUCGCCGCCCGCCUCUCCAAGGACCCGCUCCGUAACUGCGCGGGCGUGGCCGCCAUCGCGGCGCUCCGCGCCCUCGGCGUCCGGUCCCACGCCGUGUCCAUCCAGCUGACCAAGGGCCUGCCGCUGGGCUCGGGCCUGGGCUCCUCCGCGGCCUCCGCCGCCGCCGCCGCCAAGGCCGUGGACGCCCUCUUCGGUUCGCGCCUCGGGCGCGACGACCUCGUGUUGGCGGGCCUCGAGUCCGAGAAGGCCGUCAGCGGCUUCCACGCCGACAACAUCGCGCCCGCCAUCCUGGGCGGCUUCGUCCUGGUGCGUAGCUACGAGCCCUUUCACCUUGUCCCGCUGGCCUCCCCGCCGGGCCUCCGCCUCCACCUGGUCCUGGUGACCCCCGACUUCGAGGCGCCCACGAGCAAGAUGCGCGCGGCGCUGCCCAAGGAGGUGGGCGUGCAGCAGCACGUGCGCAACUCGAGCCAGGCGGCGGCGCUGGUGGCGGGCGUGCUGCAGGGGGACGCGGGGCUGAUCGGCUCCGCCAUGUCGUCGGACGGCAUCGUGGAGCCGAGCAGGGCGCCCCUGAUACCUGGCAUGGUGGCCGUGAAGGCGGCGGCGCUGCAGGCCGGGGCGCUGGGGUGCACCAUAAGCGGGGCGGGGCCCACGGCGGUGGCGGUGAUCGACGGCGAGGAGAAGGGGGAGGAGGUUGGCGGCAGGAUGGUGGACGCCUUCUGGAGCGCAGGCAAGCUCAAGGCAACAGCAACCGUGGCUCAGCUCGAUAGGCAUGGUGCCAGGGUCAUCGCCACAACUGCUCUCGGCUAGCUACCUUGUUGUGCGGCAGGCAGGCAGGCAGCGGCUUAGAAGCCAUUUUUUCUUGUUUUGUUUUGCUUGGCUUGAUUGCAAUAAGAGGAGAGUUAGUGCUGCUAUUAGGAACACUACUCAUAUUGGCGGUUUGUGUUUUGACUACUAAUAAGGCCCUGUUUGUUUCAGCUAAACUUUAGACCUGUCACAUCAAAGAGAAUCUUGCUAUUUAGGAGUA